UUUAAUUUUAUUAAAAUUCUUAUUAUUACAAUAACUUUGAACUGACACUUUACCAACUGACGUUAAGCCGCUGUUGGUAAGCGUUAGCUAGCGAGUCAGAUUGCUGACGUUUGUCUUUUCAUGACAAUAUAAAAGCUAGCAUUAGACUAAAAAGGCACGCAACUGAUUGGGGUUUACAAUGUCAGAUGAUACGGUGAUAAAUGCUGCUAGUUCGAAUAUCAAAUGUAACCAGUUCCAAUACUUUAGAUCAUAACAAGCAAAAAGCAAUAAAACAGGCGGUUAAAGUCCAUUUCUUGGCAUGGCUUUAUCAUGGCGAGGUCAAAAACAAGCAGAGCACUGUAUUUGACGAGGCGUGUGCUCAACUCUGUGGCAGCAGUUUGAGAAAGGGCCUCAUCGCAAAGUACAUGUGAAGAUCCUGAUGGAGAAUGAAGUGGGAGACGAGACUGGUGAAUCAGAGCGCGAGCUUCAUCCACAGCAGCGGUGUCGCUUCUUCUCUCAAGGGAGACACUGCAAUUUUGGGAAGAAAUGCAGAUUCUUACACACGAGAGAGGACGCCAAAGAGCAAGAGAAGAAAACCGUGACACAUGUCCCAACUUCAAACUCCGACGUCCUUGGAGAAGAUGUGGGACACGGGCCUCCUCCGAGUACCUCUCGGGUUGCCCCGGCAGCUAGCCACCGCCGCCGCCCCUGUCGCUACUUUAUCUCAGGCCACUGCACCAUGGAGGACCGAUGUCGCUUUUGGCAUCCGGUAGAGUUCCCCCCGGUGGAUCACCAGCCGGCUCCUGUCAAUCACCCAAGACCUGCGCAGCGGAUGCCACCAGUCUCCUGCCCCGGCAUUCUCCAGGAGAUAAAGCUGUGUGACCUGACGGAGGAUGUCGCCAAGCAGCUGCGCGACACGGAGAUCAAGCAGUUGAAGAGGCGCUUUCCCAAAGAUCAGCUGAUUGUUCAGGAACGCAGUGAUGGCAUGGUGAUUUAUUACAGGGCGACUGUGGAGGCCACUGAUCCCGACUGGCCUUUUGAUCUGAAAGAAGUCGACAUCAUGGUCAGCUUCCCAGACAGUUACCCGCAGGAGAUUUUCACAUUGGACAUACCGUUGGACCAGGAGCUUCCACCAGUAAUGGCAAGACACUUGCAGCAAGCGUCACUGGAGUGGCUUCGAGCCAAGCAUGCAACCAAUCAGCUUCUGGGAAAGAUAGAGCUGCUCUUCCGGCCUUUUCUCCGAUGGCUCGACCGCAGCUUGGAGAGACUUUUCACUGAAGGAGCCCGGCAGUUGAAAAAAGACGUUGACUUGGAAAAAGCUGGAUUGCAAUUCAUAACGUAUCAGGAGCUGCAAGCAACCGUGUGUGAAAAAUCUGUGAACGACGGCUCUCAAGACCCCGCGGAUGCGGACGAUGGUGACGGUGGACAGCUGGAAGAGACGGACGUCAAGCGUGCAGUGGAGGGAGGGAAGUUAGUGCAGCAGGAGGGCACCGAUUGUGAUGAAGGGCAGGAAGUGGGUGAGCAUGAGGAAGCCAGUCAUCUGGUGGAGAACAUUAAGAUCAGCGAUCCCCGCAGAGGCACCGAAGUGAAGCUGCAGGGACUGAGGAUGGGAGAGAACACGGCAACAGUAGUGGCCCAACAAAUCACUGUCUGUCUUCAAUGUAACAGGUGUAAGGUAACUGCGGACCUGUCCCUGAGCGGGAGGACAGCCUGCACGGCUCAGUGCGAGAAGUGCAGUGCGAGCAUCACGGCUGCAUUCAGGCCCUGCAUGCUGCACCACUACAGCGAUGUCCUGGGAUACCUGGACCUUCACAACGCGGUGCCUGCCGACCUGGUGCUGCAGGAGUGUGAACUGAUCGUGGGCUGCCUCAGCUGCUCCGAGGAGUGCCCCGUGCAGAACCUUUGCUACGGUCAAACAAAAGAGUUAAAUUGCGAACACUGCCACAGCAAACUCACUAUUCUGGCCGAGAGCACAAGAUUCCAGUACAUUCAGCCAAGUGUCAACCGAUCAGGUCCAAGUGCUUGCGCUGUUAAUUAUAAGAUGAUAAGAGAUCCUGCUGUGCAAAGAGGGAAGCCACUGCCCGAAAAAGGAGGAUGCAAACACUACAAACAGAGCCAUCGCUGGCUGAGGUUUCCCUGCUGUGGACGGGCUUACCCGUGUGAUGCGUGCCAUGAUGAGGACCAGGACCACCCCAUGGAACUGGCCAACCGGAUGAUCUGUGGCUACUGUGCCAAAGAACAGCCGUACAGCAACGGGAAGCCGUGCGUGAGCUGUGGAAGCAUGAUGACCAGAGGUGCGCGCUCCGCUCACUGGGAAGGAGGACUGGGAUGCAGAAAUAAAGUCAAAAUGAGCAGAAAUGAUCGACAUAAAUAUGCCAACACCAACAAAACGGUUUCGAGGAAGUCAGUCGCUGAAAAGAAGUAGUUGACAAAGAAAAGCAUUAUUGCCUUAAUAAGUGAAUUCUGAAUUUGCUAAUUGAUUUCAAUAAAAUUGUCUAUUUUACCCAA